GCGUUCGUGGUACCCAAGAUGGAGGUGCUGAUAGACGAGGAGCGCAGCAUGACGCACGCGGAGCUGAUGGAGCAGACAGAGGAGGUCAUCACCGACCCCGCCAAGAUCAAAGUCAAGCUCAAGCCCGACAACUGCGACAUCUGCUACCCGCCCGUCUUCCAGAGCGGAGGGCAGUACGACCUGAGGGCGUCAGCAGUGAGCAGUGACGACCCCCUGUGCUAUGACUCCAUGGGCGUCAUCAUCUGCGCCAUCGGCGCCCGAUACGCCUCCUACUGCUCCAAUGUGGCGCGCACCUACCUGAUAGACGCCACCAAGGCACAGGAGAAGGCGUACCAGGUGCUGCUGAGGGCACAGGAAGCAGCGAUUGCAGCGAUCAAGCCGGGAGUGCGGCUGGGGGACGUGUACCGGGCGGCAGUGGCGGUUGUGGAGAGGGAAGCGCCGGAGCUGGUGCCUCAUCUGACCAAACAUGCUGGCACGGGGAUAGGCAUCGAGUUUCGGGAGGCUGGACUCACUCUGAACGCCAAGAACGAGCGGACAGUGAAAUCGGGCAUGGCAUUCAACGUGGUGCUGGGGCUGCACGGCCUCACCAACCCAGAGGCGGGAGGGGAAGAGGGAGCCGAGGCAAACGGAAACGCAGAGGGCGCGGGAGGCAAGGAAGGGGGGAAGGAGGGGGGGAAGGGCGGGAGUGCGAAGCUGAGGAAGUACGCACUGCUGGUGGCGGAUACGGUGGCGGUGAGGGGCGCUGCUGACAAGGACCGCUGGGUGGACGUUGCCACCGCCUCUGCCUCCAAGUCAUUCGCUGAUGUCGCAUACUCCCUUAAGGGCGAAGACGAGGAGGAGGAGGAAGCAGACAAGGGGAAACGGCCAGCAGAAGCAGCAGGCGCGGGGGAGCCUGCUGUGUUCGCUCGUGCUCACCUGCGGUCGGAGAAUCAAGAGGCCACGAAGGAGGAGCUGCGGCGGCAGCACCAGGCGGAGCUGGCGAAGCAGAAGAUCGAAGAGACGGCCCGGCGGCUCGCUGCUGGGGGACUGGGCGCGCGCGAGGGCGAGGGGGCCAAGAGGCAGACGGGAGAUCUGGUAUCCUACGGCGAUGUGGAUGAAAUUCCUCUGGCCAUGAAGGACUAUAAGAUCCAGGUGGAUCAACGCCAUGAAUCCGUGCUGCUCCCCAUAUACGGCCUCCUCGUGCCGUUCCAUGUGUGCAUGAUCCGCAACGUGACCAGCCAGCAGGACGGAGGGCACAUCUACAUCCGCAUCAUCUUCAACGUGCCCAGUGCUGGCUUCAGCGCCGCCGACCUGCCCAUGCAGAAGUUCCCCGACAGCAUCUUCAUCAAGGAGCUCUCUUUCAAGUCAAUUGAUUUGCGGCAUGCGAACCAGGUGGUGCAGCUGAUCAAGACGAUGAGCAAGCACGUGCGGCAGCGGGAGUCGGAGCGCGCUGAGAGAGCGACACUUGUCACGCAGGAGAAGCUCCAGCUCAGCAAGGGCCGCCCGCCGCGCCUGCCGGACCUCUGGAUUCGCCCGUCCUUUGGUGGGAAGGGCCGGAAGCUCACCGGGUCUCUGGAGGCUCAUCUGAACGGUUUCCGGUAUUCCACUGCUAAGCCGGACGAGAGGGUGGAGGUGAUGUAUGUCAACAUCAAGCACGCCUUCUUCCAGCCGGCCGAAAACGAGAUGAUCACCCUCCUGCACUUCCACCUGCACAACCCCAUCAUGGUCGGCAAGAAAAAGACGAAAGACGUGCAGUUUUUCGCCGAGGUCAUGGAGGUCGUCCAAACAGUGGGCGGCUCGCGCCGCUCGGCUUACGACCCAGACGAAAUCGAAGAGGAGCAGAGGGAGCGGGAGCGGCGGAGCAAGAUCAACCGGGAGUUUAAAUCCUUUGUCAGCGCGGUGCAUUCUCUCUGGGAGAAGGAUCGGGAGCUUGCUCGGCUGGACCUCGAAUUCGACGUGCCGUUCCGGGAAUUAGGGUUUCACGGCGUGCCGCACAAGUCGUCCGCAUUCAUCGUACCGACGGUGAACUGUCUCGUGGAGCUUAUAGAGGUCCCCUUCCUGGUGGUCACUCUGAACGAGGUCGAGAUUGUGAACCUGGAGCGCGUGGGUCUCGGGCAGAAAACUUUCGACAUGGCGAUUGUUUUCAAGGAUUUCAAGCGGGACGUGUUACGGAUCGAUGCGAUCCCGAGCACGUCGCUCGACUCGGUGAAAGAAUGGCUGAAUUCGAUGAACAUAAAGUACUAUGAGUCGCGGCUGAAUCUCAGCUGGAAGGCUAUCCUGCAGAAUAUUAUGAGUGAUCCCGAGGCGUUUCUCGCAGACGGCGGGUGGGAGUUUCUGAAUCUCGAAGCGUCGGAUAGCGAGGGGGAGGAGUCGGAGGAAUCGCAGGCGUACGAGCCGUCGGAUCUGGAGGAGGCUGCAUCCGACGAUGACGAUGACGAGAGCGAGGAUGAUGAGAGUGUGGUGGAUAGUGAGGAGGAGGAGGGGGAGGAGGAGGAAGAGGAGGAGGAGGAGGGUCCGACGUGGGAUGAGCUUGAAGCAAAGGCUUUAAGGGAGGAUCGGGAGAAGGGGGAGGAGUAUGAUACGACCAAAGUACUGACACUUAGGUUCAGAAGCUACCUCCAUGUGUUGCCCAGCCCACCUUGCUGCCAUCUCCCUGUGCUUGUCUCACCAACACUCAGCCUUCACCACUCUGGACCUGUUGUCGACUCCCUUCUGCGCCUGCGUCUUCUGCAAUCCCUCCUCACCUCCUUCCCGCCCGCCUCGCCCAAGGACCCCAUCGACAUGCGCAGGGACCCCCGCCUGCGUCUGCGCCUCCUGCAAUCCCUCCUCACCUCCUUCCUGCCCGCCUCGCCCAAGGAACCCAUCGACUUGGGCAGGGUGCGGGCGGCCGUGGGGGUGCUGCGGGAGCAACACGACCCCCGUCUGCGUCUGCGUCUGCGCCUCCUGCAGUCCCUCCUCGCCUCCUUCCUGCCCGCCUCGCCCAAAGAUCCCAUCGACAUGGCCAGGGUGCGCGCGGCGGUGGGGGUGCUGCAGGAGCAGCACGUGCUGGCUUUGGAACCGGACUGGGAGGCCGAUCCCCGUCUGCGCCUGCGCCUGCUGCAAUCCCUCCUGACCUCCUUCCUCCCCGCCUCGCCCAAGGAACCCAUCGAUAUGGGCAGGGUGCGAGCGGCGGUGGGGGUGCUGCGGGAGCAGCACGUGCUGGCCGUGGAACCGGACUGGGCGGCCGUGGGGGACCCCCGGUUGCGCCUGCGACUGCUGCAGUCUCUCCUGACCUCCUUCCUCCCAGCUUCCCCCAAGGACCCGAUCGAUAUGGGCAGGGUGCGAGCGGCGGUGGGGGUGCUGCGGGAGCAACACGUGCUGGCCGUGGAACCGGACUGGGCGGCUGUGGGGAGCGGCAAUGACCCCCGGAGGCGUGCUGUGGACGCGUGGUGCAGCAGGGUGUUCGCGUUACUGGCAUCCCCGCUGCCGGCCAAUCGGUGGGCGGCAUGUGUGCUGGCAGGUGCCACGUGUGCAGAGAGCACAGCUCAGCGCGUGGUCGACACGUAUGCCAAGUGGUGGGGGCGGCUAGCCGCCCUGCUGAAGGCGAAUAAGACAAAAGGAGGCGGUGGGGCGAGCGAGAAGGGCGCGCAACAGCAGCAAGAGGGGAAGGAGGAGGAAGGGGAAGAGGAGGGGGAAGAGGAGGGGGAGGCGGAGGGAGAGGAGGGGGAGGAGGGGAAGGAGGGGAGAGGGAAUGGAAGAGCGAAGGAGAAAGAGAAGGGGGGUGGGAAGGGCAAGGAGGCCAUGGUACAGGAUACGAUGUUUGUGCGUGUGGCUGCUGCCGCUGCCCUUGCUGACCUCUUCUCUAGGCUGGCAACUUUGUCUCAUGUGCAGAGUGUGCGCAAGGAGGCUGGCACUUUGGCCGGCAAGCUUUGGCCGUUUCUGGCGGAGAUGAUGGGCGGCACCGAGAGCACGCAGGCGUGGAGCGUGUGCCUCUCGCUGCUCUCUCUGCUGCUGCGCUCCUUCCCCUCCAGCUUCAAGCAUCACGUUCCAGCGAUGGAGGCUCUUCUGGUAUCUAAGCUGUCAUCUCCCAAUGCGCCCGCAUCAAUCGUCCAUUCCUGCUGCAGUCUUCUGGUGCUGCUCCCCCGUGCCUCCAACGAUCCCUCCCUCUGGUCGGCCUUGAUGCGUCGCCUGCUGCUCUCCACACACGCCGACCUUGACACUCUGCUCUCCGGCUUUGAGGAUGAAUCUGUGCGGGCCAAGGCCCUGGCAACGCUCCUUCACUCCAAGAGUGCAGCCCUGCCGGUGCCUCUGGUGCCCGAGCAUGCACACUGGAUCGCUGCUAACUGCACCAAGGACGACGAGCAGCAGGAAACAGGAGGGCAGGGACAGCAGGGGCAGCAGGGGCGGAACAAGCAAGGAGGGCAGACGUCGAACCUAAAUGCAAACGGCAGCGGCAGUGGCGCCGGCAGCAGCAGCGGUGGAGAUCCCGAGGCGGUGUUUCGGCGGGUGGUGCCGCGGCUGCACGCGCUGCUGCUCACGUGCCAGCUGGCGAUCACUCAGGGGUUCUCUUCUCCGGUCCCAGCGCCCCUCUCCGCCCUGCUCGCCCUGGCCCAUCGCCUUGUAUCAGCCGACGCCGUAAUUCGACUCACGCAAGUGGAGGGCACAGGGAUGGUUAUCCCUCUCUCUCUCCUCGCCUCUGGAGGGAGAGGAGGGAGAGGAGGAGGAGGGGGAGGAGGCGGGGAUGCUUUUGAUGCGGGCGGAGGGAUGGACGGCAUGGGCUCGGCGUUUUCUGCCGCCCGCCAGCUGGCGCUGUGUGUGGAGCUGCCGGCGCUGCAGUGUGCAGGGCUGAGGAUGAUGCUGGCUGCCCUGCAGGGCGUGAGGAACCACAUCCUGCCCCAUGCAGCCACCAUAUCACACACACUCGUGUCGGCCUUUCGCCGAGCAGCAGCAGCGGGGGACGACGCCACUGCUCUGCCCUUCAAGGCGCUGCUCUACCGCACGGCCACUCAGUACCUCUAUGCUCUGGGCGCGGGUAUGAUGACACAGAUCGCGCCCAUAGUGGUGGGGCGGGGCAUCACAGAUCUCAAGCAGGCUGUGCCGGCGCUCUUCUCCCCAACCAAUCAGCGCUCGCCAGGUGGCAGCAUGGCAUUCGACGCCGCUCCCGGCGCUGCAGCAGGCAGCGGGAAGUUGGGGGGAGCGGGCAGCGGAGGGGGAGGGGCGGGGGGAGGUGCAACUGGGACAGGUGUUAUCUCGGGCAGUCGGUGCCUGCAGACCGUUGAUCUGCAGAUCGCGAUUCUGGAGGCUCUGGAGGCGCUGCUGGUGGCGGGCGGCCCUCUCUUACCGGAGCACUGGCGCAUGGAGGUAGACGCAACACUCACCUGCACCGCUGCCAUCGCCCUCGGCACCGGCGGUUACGACUCCGGUUUCAACUCCACCCCCGGUUACAACUCCGGUUACAACUCCUCCAACACCCACGCGCACAUGCCCUGGACGCCUGGGUCCGACCGUGCAAUCAGAUCGCUCCAGCUGGCAGCAUCUCGUGCGCUCCUAGCCUCCCUCCUAGCCCCGUGCAAAUACCGCCCACCGUACCUUGGCCAAGCUCUUAGAAUUUUCCGGCAGGGGAGGCAGCAACUGGGGACGGAGGUAGCUGCUUUCUGCUCCUUUGCUCUGCUAGCUUUAGAGCUGGUGUUGCAUUUUAGGUGCCUGCCCCAUUCCUCCUCCAUCCACCCGCUCUCGUCUCUGCUCGUCCCGUCGCAACCCCCGCCGAACCCACAGCAGCAGCAGCAGCAGCAGCAGCAUAUGCAGCAACAGCAGUUGCAGCAGCAGGAACAGUUGCAACAGGAGAAUUUGCAGCAGCAGCAGCAGAAUCUGAGCGGCUCGCCGGCCCCUUCUGCCAGCCGGCCAUCCUCUUUGCCGGCCAGUUCCGGCAGUCUCCUGCUGCCUGCCGCCCAGACGCCUCUCGCCGCCCCUGCUGCCGCCCCGCUGCCUGUCCCUGGCUCUAUGGCCAUGAAUCUUUCUGCAGCCGUGGGAGGGGGUGCUGAGGGGAUGGGGGAUGGCGGAGGGAUAGGGGGAGGAGGUGGAGUGGGGGCGUAUGGGGGGAUGCUUGGAGGAGUGGGUGCUGGAUCAGCUGGGGGCGGGGGUGGAGGGUUUGCAGGGGGAAUGGGUGGGGGAAUGGGUGGGGGAAUGGGAGGGGGGAUGGGCGGAGGGAUGGGCGGAGGGAUGGGCAGGGGGAUGGGAGGGGGGAUGGAUGGCGGCAUGGGAGGCGGAAUGGGUGGUGGUGCCACGGGGCUUGGAGUGCUGGGCGGCGAUGUUUGGCCGUUAGCGGACCUGUGGACCGAAGUAGAUGGGUAUGGCACGUUCGGGCACGAGCUGAUGGAGAUUGGGGGAGGCGCACCUGGGGCAGGUGGUACUGGUGGGGCCGGGGCAGGUGUUACCGCAGGGGGAGGUAACACUGUCGCUGCUCUAGGACAGGCGGCGACUGGAGCAGCCUUGGGAUCAUCGGGUGGAUUAGAGUCCAUGGAGGGGCAAGCAGCAGCCAUGCCUAUGGAUACUGAGGGCACUGCCGUUCCUGUUGCUGGUAAUGCUGCCGCUGGUGCUGGUGCUGGUGGUGCUGGUGCUGGUGGUGCUGGUGCUGCUGCUAGUGCUGGUGCUGCCGGUGGUGGUGCUGGUGCUGCUGCUGCUGGUGGUGGUGGGGGGGGUGGGAAAGGGAGGGAUGCAUCUGGUGGUGCUGCGUCAACUGGAUUUGAUUCUGACUCUGAUGGCCCGUUGCCUGAGAUUGUGGUAGAGGAUGACCUUGAGUUCUGA